CAUAUUUCCAGCUAUCAUCCAUCAUAUUUCCAGGUAUAUCCCUUCCCUUAAAAGUAAAAAGGGAGAAAAUCACUUUGCUGUGUGGAAGUGCUUUGUGUGUUUUAUAAAAUCCACAUAAAAUGUUCAGUGGUUCAAGGAGUUGCUGCCACAUUUCUAAGGCAAAUAAGCUUAUCCCUGAAGAAGCUUGAAGAUCUGACUCUCAGGAGUCUUUGUGCUCUGGAUGAAAAAGGAAUCAUGAUUUUUUAACUCCCCUGCUCACGUCAGUGACUUCCACUGGCACCCAAUCCAUUGGUUAUAAGUACCCAAGAAUUGCCUUGCCAAUUAUAGGCAGGAUAACCUAGGAGGACCAGCCAAAACCAAACUCCUGGUAAGCUUUAUUAGCCUUUUCUAUGAUGUGUCUCGGUUUCCAUUUCACACCUUGGAGUGGAAGACAAUCUCUACUCACACUGGUGUGGUAUGUGUCUGUCUGUCUCAGAUGUGUGUGUAAGGUGUAUUUCUCAGCUCAGGGUAUCUGAAGUAAUUUUCUUUUCUUUAAGACUGCUGUCUUAAGGCUUAAAAGUAAUUUAAGGUUUUAUUUUUUGUUAUUUUAAGAAUUGCAGUUUCUUUGGAGACAACAAAGUACUUUUUUUCCAAAGAUGAAAAAGGCAUAUUCAGACUUUCUAUGUUAAGUUCCAUAAUUGUUUUGCUUAUCACUGUAUAACAUUCUCAUUAUCAUGGGCUACUUUAAGCUAAUCAGUUGGAUUUUGGGGUCCUCAUUUAGAAGUCAAUCUGGAAAAAAGAUGGCUGUAAAACUUAGAUAAACCAGUAUGCUAUUUCUCCUUCCUUGUCUGCCUUUACAGAUGUUUCCUCUCUCUCUCUCUCUUCCCUGACUAUCUCUUUCAAUGAUCAUUGACAGCUCCCCCAUCCCCUGUUUCACUCAGCUUCACUCCACCAUGACCAGAGCACCUCUCCUGCUACUAUGUGUUGCCCUGGUGCUGCUUGGGCAUGUGAAUGGAGCCACACUAAGAAAUGAGGACAAAUGGAAGCCACUCAACAACCCCAGAAACAGAGAUCUGUUUUUCAGAAGCCUUCAGGCAUAUUUUAAGGGCAGAGGUCUUGAUCUUGGAACAUUUCCAAAUCCUUUCCCCACAAAUGAAAAUCCUAGACCUCUCUCUUUCCAGUCAGAACUUAUUGCUUCUGCAUCUGCAGAUUAUGAAGAGCAGAAAAACUCCUUUCACAACUAUCUCAAAGGCUGAAAAGUUUCUUCUGAGCUCAGGUGUCUGGCUAUUUUAAAACUACAGAUGAAGCUUCUCAUUAGAAAAAUUCAACCAUUGUCACAGCUAAACUUUCGUGGAGUUUCUUUCCCCCCUCACUUUUAUUUUUCAGUUUGUAAUGAUUUUAUUCCACAUUUCCAUAUUUACAUAUAAAUCGCUGGAACUAUGAUUUCUAUGCAUAUUUAUGGAGUUUUUUUUCCUGUAUAACCAUAAAUAUUGAUGUAGAGCACUGCAUGUAUUUGUAGGAGUUACAAAAACAUCACAAACUGAAAAAAGAUUAUAAUCUAAAUUAGAUGUUUCUUUAAGCUUCUUUUUAAAACUUGUCUUUUAUAUUUAUUAUCUUUUAUCAACCAAUAUAUUUUUUUAAACGGACAUGCUCACUUUUAGUAUAGUAAAAUUCAUUAUAUGUGAUAGGGGGUUGGGUUUAAAAUUUGUCUUCCUUUCCUAAAAAGAAGAUGCAUUCCCAUGUUCAGCAUACACUACUAAAAGACUUCACAGUUUUAGUUUCAUAAGAAAUGAGGGCAAGUGAUAAACAGCCACAAUUAAGUUAAAAUGGAAGCAAACAACAACAAACAUGGGAUUCUAGAAGUUGUCAGCGCCUCCGAAGAUGCUCUUUGCCAGAGUAUUCAGAGGUGGACAUUGUGCCACAUCAAAUAUUCUAGCAAUGCCCCACCCCUUGCUCUCAUACACAACCUCCUCAGGAAGGAAAAGUAGAAACAGGUGAUUUCCUCUCUAACCAGCCCCUGCCUCCUUACUCAAGCUCAUGCUGUUAUUCUGAUUCCCAUAUUCACAUUUGGAAUAGCUGCUUUUCCUGUAUCUUUAUAGAUAGCUGCAUCAUCUUCUCUGUGAUUCCUGCAAAAGGAAUGUUGCACUAAAAUGCAACAUUGUCCUAACAUUAGUCUGUGCAUUUCAAAAUAUUUUAAUGUGGCUUUUUUUGGUCGAUUAUUGAUAUUGCAUAUGAAGAAUAAAAUAUUUGUGCAAGAACAGA